AUGUCCUCGAUUGAAUCAAAACGUGUCCAAUAUCGAAAAUAUUUGGAACGUGCCGGGGUCAUUGAUGCCCUCAGCAAGGCCUUAAUCAAAUUGUAUGAGGAACAAAAUAAACCCGAAGAUGCUAUACGCUUCGUUAGGAAAUUUAUGUGUGAAUCAUGUCCUGAUGAUACCCAGUUCGAUACCAUGAAAGCAGAUUUGGAAGAGGCCAAUAAGACUAUUGUAAAAUUGGAACAAGAUUUAGAGCGACUACGAUCAAAAAUUAAAAAAUCCCCCGAAGAGGUAGCCGAACUACUCGAAGAAGGCUUUAAGCAACUCACAGAGGAUGAAGAACAUGCUGUCUCUCUUCUACGGAAAUAUUUAACCCGUGAAAUUUUAGAUGAAUAUAAAUCUGUAUUCACUGCGGCCCCCCUGGAAUCAUCCCUCUUGGAUUGUGUUCAAUCUGGUUUCAAUCAUCACGAUUCAUCGUGUGGUGUCUAUGCAGCCGAUCCUGAAUGUUAUGAUACCUAUACGAAAUUAUUCGAUCCUUUGAUACGUGAUUAUCAUGGCCAACUGGAUAAUGAUAAGGAACAAAUACAUCCUGAUACCGAUUUUGGUAAUGCCGAUGAAAUUGAAAAUUUAGAUCCCGAAAGGAAAUAUAUUAAAUCGACGAGGAUACGUAUUGCUAGAAAUAUUGAAGGAUAUCCCUAUUUUACGAAAUUGAGUGAAAAACAAUUUAAUGAAAUCGAACAGAAGGUGAAGGAUGCCACCGAAUCAUUUGAUGGCGAAUUGACGGGAGCCUAUUUUAGUAUGGAAGAUAUUCCCGCCGAGACACAGGCGGAAAUGGUGGCACGUCAUAUUUUGUUUAAACGCGGUGAUGCCUAUCUACAAUCGGCUGGUUGUUAUCGUUUUUGGCCAAUUGGUCGUGGUAUAUAUCACAAUCCGUCGGAGACAUUUUUGAUAUGGGUCAAUGAGGAGGAUCAUUUGCGUAUUAUAUCAAUGUCCAAGUGUGGAGAUUUGGGUGAUGUCUACAAUCGUUUGAUUAAGGGCCUUCAGGAAUUAGAGAAAACCCUCACAUUUGGGCGCCAUCCACGCUAUGGUACAUUGACGGCAUGUCCAACAAAUUUGGGUACAACUCUAAGAGCAUCGGUGCACAUACGUUUGCCUUUACUCUCUAAGGAUGAGGAACGUUUGAAAACAUUGGCCAAUGAAUUGCAUUUACAAAUUCGUGGUACCGGAGGAGAACAUACCUCAAUUGUCGAUGGUGUAAUGGAUAUUUCCAAUCGAAGACGUUUGGGUUUUACCGAAUUUGAAUUAGUCAAAUCACUACAAGAGGGUAUUAUUACACUAAUCAAGGCCGAACAAGAACUGGAAGCCAAGGAAUAG